AUCUCUAUUUCAUGAUAAAAUAGGGGGCAAUGAAGGGGUUGAGAAGUUUGAAUGUGAUUGGCUUGUUCGUAAUUUGGAUAUUAUCGUAUGUUGUUGCGUUGUGCAUGGUUGUUGUUUCAGGACGGCCAGCCACUUUUCUCGAGGAUUUUAGGGUGACUUGGGCGGAUAACCAUGUAAGGCAACUUGAUGGUGGCAGGGGAAUUCAACUUGUUCUCGACCAAAGCUCUGGUUGUGGGUUUGCUUCGAGGCGGCAAUACUUGUUUGGAAAAGUGAGCAUGAAGAUAAAAUUGGUUCCUGGAGACUCAGCAGGAACAGUGACGGCAUUUUACAUGAACUCAGACACAGACACAAUACGCGAUGAAUUAGACUUUGAGUUUUUGGGAAAUAGGAGUGGACAACCAUAUACGGUUCAAACUAAUAUAUAUGCUCAUGGAAAGGGUGAUAGAGAGCAAAGGGUGAACUUGUGGUUCGACCCAGCAGCUGAUUUCCAUACUUAUUCAAUUAGAUGGACCCAUUCGCUAAUUGUAUUUGGUGUGGAUGAUAUCCCAAUAAGGGUAUAUAAGAACCAGGAAGCCAAAGGGAUCCCAUAUCCAAAACAACAACCAAUGGGAAUAUAUUCAACACUAUGGGAAGCCGAUGACUGGGCCACAAGAGGUGGUUUGGAGAAGAUUGAUUGGAACAAAGCCCCAUUCUAUGCUUAUUACAAGGACUUUGACAUUGAGGGUUGCCCUGUUCCAGGCCCUGCAAACUGCCCUUGGAACCCCAACAAUUGGUGGGAAGGGCCUGCGCAUAGGGCUUUAAGCCCAGCCCAAGCAAAAAAUUACCAAUGGGUGAAAGCCAACCAUAUGAUCUAUGACUAUUGCACCGACAAAUCUCGUUACCCUCAAACCCCGCCCGAGUGUGGUUUGGACAAUCUUUGAAGCGUGGUGGAAUAUUUAUAUAUACACAUAUACAUCUAUAUAAAUUUUAUUUAUAAUAUUCAUGUGUGUUUCAUAUAUAUAUUCAUAUAUAUAUAUGAGGAUGUAUUGAAGCUGUGUUUAUGGUUAGAUUAUUGGUUGUGUUUGGCCUUUUUACUUUUGGUUAAAGACAAAAAUUAUGUGUAUUUAUCUUUUUCUAUACUGUAUUUCAUUAAGUUUUAAUUAAAAACUUGAUUUCUUCCUAA